CGCUAGGGCCAGGGCUGAUCCGCCUGGCAGCAGCGCAUUCGGCAGCGCGAGGGUGAGGUGGUAGAUGCACCCGGGCUUGUGAGAGCAGAGUCCCUGUCCAGACCUGGUUGCCAGGUGUGCCGGUGCCCAUCUUCCAGACGCCCCUGCUACAGAUCAGCCUGCUCUGGACACUCUGUAUAAAUGGAGUCGUACAGGAUGUGACCUUUUGAGUCUGGAUAAUCUCCCUGAGCAUCGUGCAUUCAAGAGAAGGACGCCAGGCGCAGUCAGAUCGAGGCGCUCGCCCCAGGUCACACCGUGAUGGCCAGGAGUUAAACUUGGGGUUGUGCGCACAAUGAUGGACAGCAAGGACCUGGAAGCCGAAAUCCACCCCUUGAAGAAUGAAGAGAGGAAGCCGCAGGAGAAUCUGGGAAACCAAGAGAAAAAGGAAACGAACCUGAAGACGCCCCCGCCGUCCCGCCUCUCCCGAUGCCGGAUGGUGGCCUUCUUUCUUUCUCUGUUUAUCUGCCUUUUCGUGGUGUUUGUGGUUUCAUUCAUCAUCCCAUGUCCAGAGCGGCCGCUGUCGCAGGGGGUGUGGAUGCUCCAUUACAACGAAGCAGUCGCCUAUGACUUUCUGGCCACAGAAGACGUAAACAAGGACAGGAUCCAAGACAUUCUCUUUCUUUAUAAAAACAUCAACAGCAGCAACAAUUUCAGCCAGUCCUGUGCUGAUGAAGGCUUUUCCUCCCCCUGCACCUUUGUGGCCGCUGUGUCGGGGGCCAAUGGCACCAUACUGUGGGAGAGGCCCGCAGCCCAGGACAGGGCCCUCGUGGAGUGCGCCGUCCCCCAGCCCAGGGACAGCGGGGCGUCUUCUGCCUGCGUCCUGCUCGGCAGACUGGGCUCUUUCCUCGCGGUGGACUUGUUCACAGGGGAAACCCUGUGGAACCAUCCCAGCCACUUUGGAGGGAGUGUGUCCGUCCUGAGUCCUCUGCUGCAGGUGCCUGACAUUGAUGCCGACGGGGCCCCAGACCUGCUGGUCCUCACCCGGGAAGAGAGGCAGAUUAGUGGCUACAUCUAUUCAGGCAGCACCGGGCAGCAGGUUGGCCACCCCGGCAGCCUGGGUGUGGAUGGUGCCAGCGGAUCCGUCCUCCACGUCACCAGGGCGGGCGCUCACUACGUCCUCCUCCCCUGCGCAAACUCACUCUGUGGCUGCUCGGUGAAGGGCCUCUAUGAGAAGGUGACUGGGAGGGCCAGCACACUCAGGAGGGACCCCUUCUGGGAGGACAUGCUCAACGCCACCUCUCACAGGCUGCAUCCACACAGCUCUGGAGCCGUCCGCUACCUGAUGCACGUGCCAGGGAAAGCAGGCAAGGACCUGCUUCUUGUGAGUUCAGAGGCCUGCGUGCUGCUGGAUGGGCAGGAUAUGACACCUAGGUGGACCUUCAGCCCGGCCUGGGUCCUGAGAAAACCCAUCCUCGGCCACUACAAACCCGACACGCCGGCCCUGGUCAUCGAGAACGGGACUGGCGCUGACAGACAGAUCCUGCUCCUGGACCUGGGCUCAGGGGCCAUCCUGUGGAGCCAGGCCCUCCCGGGCCUCCAUGGGGACCCACCGGCCGCCAGCCUGCCGACCGCAGACCACCGUUCCGCCUUCUUCUUCUGGGGCCUCCAGGAGCUGGAGGAUGCCAACCACACGGAGCCAGGGGCUGCCCUGCACCACCUGUACAUGUUCCACCCCACACUGCCCGGCGUGCUGCUGGAGCUGACCAACAUCUCCGCCAACAUCGUCGCCUUCCAGGUGGUUUUGCUAGAGCCAAGCCGCCACGCUGCCUGCAUCCUCCUGACAGGCCCCACAAGCCCAGAUGCGCCUGGCCGGGUCUCCAUGACCAAACACAAGGUGCGGGAUCUCGUACUGAGCAGUAGGGUGGUCCACCUGGCCAGGGGUGGGCCCGACAGUGACCAGGCCAUCAGGGACUGGUUCUCCCGCCUGCGGUAUCGGAGCGAGACCUAGAUGUGCAGCGGAGGAGAAGCUCCAGCUCCUGAAAUUAAACGUCCUGGGAAGUCGGCCCUCCCUCACUUGUCUGCACGCUGACUUCUGACCUGGUGACACGCCCCAUGGGAUCCUCAUCACCCCAGGGACACACCUGGGCCUCUCCCGCCAGCACACUCAGUCCUCACUCUUGUCCCCCACUGGGGUCACACACAAGGCCCACUACCUUCCCUGUGGUCUCCCUAGGCAGAGCCCAUGCCUGGAGCAGCUCACCCUUCCUCCUCCACACCUGGCCAGAGAGCCACAGCCAUGGGAACAGCCCAGGCCCCAUCUGCAGGAAAGUCCCCUCGCCUUCUCUGCACCAUCUCUCUGGGGACAUGAGCUCAGAGGGUGGUGGACCCCGAGUUCCAGCCCUCAGCCUGGGGCCUAGGAGGAUGUGGUGGGUGGGGCUGCGUGGAGCUGUGCAUGUCCUGUGCACCCCCUGGAUACACUGGAGCUGUCUGUCCCUUGGGGUGUGGCCAGCGCCCCCCCCCCCCCCCGGUGCUUGGACGCCCCUGCAGCUGGUGUCACUUGAUGUAAGACUCACCUCUGUGCCUUGUUCACUCCAGACCUGCCUGGUGCUCUGUGCGGCUCAGCCAGGCCCAGACAGAAAAAGCAGUCUGAGGACCCUGGGUGCCUCGGAAAGAAAUCAGAAUAAACACUGGUUUUGCACUGUC